AUGAUUUUACAUAUCAGUUUAGAUUCCGUUUCCAAACAGAAAACCAGCUCAGUCGUGAGAAGACAGGAGGGUUGCCUCUAUGAUCAAAGCCCAGCAAUUCUGCUGGAUGGUGCAGGGUACUCUCAAGUAGAUGGAUUGUACAUCCCGGUGGAAAAUGGCUGUGAUCAUUCUCACUACGGGGAGAUCUCUGGCGAACAAUACUGGAAAGGCUAUAUCAACCGAGACAACACGGUGAACGAGCCUCGAAUCAUGUACUGGGAUCAUUCUAGUUACCCCUCUAUCAAAGGCUGGGGAGUGAUGGAAGGUUCUCACCACCGCUACCACGACGGUGCCAACACCGACAGCCCAACUUCCCUCGUCCUGACUGAGUGGAUGACUCGAACUGGGUACGCUACUGAUCCUGUUCCAACUAUAACGUGCAUUGCCGAGUAUGACCUUCCUGCUGGGUCGGAUUGCACUAAUACCCAACUGUGUGCUUCGGGUCUGGUGUACCUAUCGGACAACUCGUGCGGUGUCGAAACAGCAUCACUGGACCUAGCCAAAGAGAGAGGUUGUCCCUCCUCUUCCGUGACUUCGAACUUUCAGCCUGUACCUGCGAGUGUCGCUAACGUUCGAUGUUGCCAUGACACUUUGCCCUGCAUGAGCAACGAUAAUAACAAUCAAUGCCAUGCCGAUGUGGACAGAGACACGGGUGGAGAUACCUGUAAGGAUACCAUGUUGUACCCUGCUGGAAACCGUUUGUGUACAAGUUUGGAGCUCGCAAGUGGAGCGUGUUGCGGUACUGAAUGUUACUUCAAUACCAAACCAACGUGGAUCUUGGAACGAUCGCACCCUGCACCUGAAGUGGCCUAUAACGGAUGCCUGACUCAGGGUCAAUCCACGCCAGUAUCGGACACUGUCAGCUAUGCCGCUGUGCGCUGUUGUUCUCUUGAUGGACUAAGCUGUAAAUCCAAGAUAGGCGCUAAUAAUCGGUGCCCAGAAGGGGUUAGAAAGGCAGAUGCACUGGCCACGUGCACAGAUGCCGGCUUAAGAUUGUGUACAGUCGAAGAGCUGCACAUAAACAAUAUUUGCUGUUCCUCUGGUUGCAACUUCGACAGCAAGUUUGUAGGGACUCAGUAGUCACCAUUGUUGGGGCUGUGGCCGAAAGAACGCCAAGUGUGGACCGAGUCCAUUGCUAUGGUCUACUAG